AUGGCGGCAUCUCUGUUCACCUUCUCCUCCACUUCAAGAAGAGUAAUCCCUGCUCCAAACUCUCCUCCUCUUCCCAUAUACAUCAAAGCCACCAACGUAGUUUUCAACCCUGAUAUUCCAGAUGUUCUUCGAGGUCUUGGACUUGAUGAUUUUGUUAAUUUCUUGGCCUCCUGCCGACUCCGAUACGCAAUCAGUGAUGUUCCAUCAGAAUUCUUUCCUGAACAAGUCGGUGAGUUCUACUACACUGCAACAAUUUAUGAUGAAAACAAUGUCAUCUCCGGAACUAUUGGCUGUGGAAGACACUUAGUCUUUAUUACCGCUAACCUCCUCAGUGCUGCGCUCAGAUUACCAAUCUUUGAACCCUUCUCUGAGCUUCCUCCUAUUGAACGCUGUCGACGUCUCUUUGAUCAACUGGGAUAUGAUCACUCAAAGGCUGGUGCUCGAUCAGCUCUCAUUCUACGUCAAUGUAUGACUCCAGGAUGGAAGUUCUUCACCGAUGCUCUGUGCAAAUGUGUAGGUCAUAAAUCUCGCAGUGGUAAUCAACUGAGCACUUAUGAGCAACAAGUCGUCUGUUCUCUUCUUCUGAACAAACGGCUUGAUUAUGGGGCUUUCUUCUUUGAGCAACUUAUUCAACUUCUUCGUGCAAAUGAUGAUCCGUUGGAAACUGACAUCGACAUCUCUGAUCGGAUGAGAGAAUGGAUUGAAAAUCCAUUAACUGUUCAUACACUCACCGCUGAUACUGAUGAAGGAGCUGAUGGUAACAAUGAAGAUCAUGCUGAUCAAGAAGCUGAAUCACAGGAUGGUGGUCAUCUGUCCCCUUAA